AUGCAGGUUCACCCUGCAGGUGUUGAGGAGGCUGAACCAAAACGCGAGGAAUGGGCUCACAAAGCUGAUUUUUUAUUGUCUUGCAUUGGAUACGCCGUAGGACUGGGAAAUAUCUGGAGAUUUCCUUAUCUUUGCUACCGUAAUGGCGGAGCUUCUUUUUUAAUACCAUAUAUAAUAAUGUUAUUAUUGUGCGGUAUUCCAUUGUUUUAUAUGGAGCUUGCUCUUGGGCAGUACUUUACGCGUGGGGCGCUUCAGCUGUGGAAGAAAAUAUGUCCAAUUAGUAAAGGUAUUGGUAUAGCAAUGUUGGUAAUCUCCUCGCUGAUUUCUACUUACUACAACAUCAUUAUCGCCUGGAGUUUCCUGUAUUUAUUCAACAGCAUCAAGGGCAAUAUCCCAUUCAACAGCUGCGACAACUCUUGGAAUACAAUUUUAUGUCUGGAACCCGGUGGUGAUUCCGUUGCCAGAUGUAUUCGUCUUGGACUUCCUAAGAACUGCAAGCUAACGACACCCAGUGAAGAGUACUGGAAGAAUUUUAUUCUGGCAAUGACGUCUGGAAUGGARGUGGUGGGCGAGGUUCGUCAGCCCCUGGCAUUAAGUCUAUUUCUUGCUUGGCUUAUCGUGUUUCUAUGUGUUGUGUAUGGCAUCAAAUCUUCUGGCAAGGUUGCAUAUUUCUCCGCUACAUUCCCGUAUGUAAUUCUUGUCAUACUGAUUGUUCGUGGUGCUACACUUCCUGGAGCAUACAAAGGAGUUAUCUUUUACUUAAAACCAGAUUUUACUCGACUACUACAUCCUCAGGCUUGGGUAGAUGCAGCAUCCCAAAUAUUCUUCUCGUUGAGCUGUGGACUAGGUGGACUAAUUGUGUUCGGAAGUUACAACAAAUUUAACAACAACUGCCAAAGAGAUGCUAUCACAGUGUCGGUCAUCAACUGCUGGACAAGCUUCUUUGGAGGAUUUGCGAUAUUCACAGUCCUGGGAUUCGUAUCAGAAACACUAGAUAAAGACGUACAAGACGUGAUUUCGUCUGGUCCAGGGCUUGCGUUCGUKGUGUACCCCGAGAGUAUCGCUCAGAUGCCAGUCUCGCCAUUGUGGGCUGUACUGUUUUUUGUUAUGCUGUUCUUACUGGGCAUUGACAGCCAGGGUGGUAUAUACGUGUUCAAUAUAUUGGAUCGUCAAUCAGGUGGAUUUUCUUUGAUAUUUGUGUCUAUUUUUGAAAGUGUGGUGGUCGCAUGGUGCUACGUCUCUCCUCUGGUUGUUACACUCAUCUUUGUUUGGAGCUUGAUUAGCUGGAAGGGAUUGGAGUAUGAAGGUUACAAGUAUCCAUUUUCUGGGGAGCUCAUUGGUUGGGGACUUUGCUUGGUCUCCAUACUUUGUAUACCUGGUUUUGCUUUUUGGCAUAUUACACGACUUCCUGGGUCACUGAAAUCCCGUAUCAAGCAAGGCUUCACUUCUCCAGCAAGCACAAAAGAUCUCGACCAAACUUUCUCAGCUUAUACAAAGAUCAAAGCUUGUAUCAUCAAUAUGCCUACCAAACUAGAUCACGUGCCUACCUCAUCAAUCGGAGAAACAUACUCCACAGAGAAGGCGAAAAUCGAAAUACCACCAAAACGAGUCAAAAGUGAACCACUAGAUUUUAGGAAGGCAGCUUUGUUACACUCCAUGAAAAUCCAUAUUGAAAGCCUUGUGUAGAAGAAAUCGAUGGUGAAAAACAUAUUUUAAAUUCAAUUAA